AUGCUAGAUUCCUCCUUACCUGCAAAAAUCAUGAAAAGAGACAGAUUUAGGUCAAUUUACUUUAUGCUUCAUGUAAAUAACAACGACAAUUAUGUACGAAGGGGUCAACCAAACCAUUAUCCUAUACACAAAAUCCGACCUUUUUUUGAUAACUUUGUACUGAAAAGCAAGAACAGUUUUUCUCCUGGCGAGAAUCUCACAGUUGAUGAAGGUGUAUGUCCAUUCAGAGGGAGAAUUCGAUUUCGAGUAUGUAUCAAGAACAAACCGAGCAGGUAUGGUAUAAAAUUUUUCAUUCUAAGUGAUUCAGCAACAGGAUAUGUUUUGAACUGUGAAGUAUACACUGGUGCAGGUGAAAAAGACAACAGUGUAGAUUCAGUGGUGCUACGUUUGUGCAACAGUUAUCUUCGUAAGGGUCAUACAUUGUACAUGGACCGCUUUUAUACUUCUGUAAAAUUAUUUGAAAAGUUGUUUGAUGAGGGCACAUCUGCUGUUGGCACAGUAAUGAGAAACAGAAGAGGCCUACCACAGGAAUUCAAACAGAAUAAACUAAGAAGAGGUGAAAUCGUAUUCAAGAGAAAAAAUUCCGUGCUAGCACUUCACUGGAAAGAUACUAGGGAUGUGUUUGCCCUUUCUACCAAACAUAGAAUGACAAGUAGUGUUACUAAGACAAAAUCCAAGGCUGGAAUGGUAGAAAAACUGAAGCCUGAUCUCAUACUUGAUUAUAAUAAAAAUAAAACUGGUGUUGAUCAUGGAGAUCAGCUGGUGACCUACUAUUAUUUUCAACGACGAACAAUGAAAUGGUGGAAAAAGGUAUUUCUUCAUGUAUUUAUGAUGUGCGUGGUCAAUUCUUACAUUCUGUACAAGAAACUUCGGCCUGUCUCUCACAAACGAACCAGCUUGUUUACUUUUAUGGUGAACCUGGGAAAACAAAUACUGGAGAAAUCCGGCGAAGUUUUCAAUGAAAAUGAAAAGCAGGGUUCAGCAGCAAACAGGCUAACAGCAAGGCAUUUCCCCACUCACGUCCCAUCGACAACAAGCAAGAAAUAUGCAUCAAGAUAUUGCAUUGUUUGCUCUGAGAAGGGCGCACGGAGUACUGGCAAACGAGUGAGAAGGGAGACGAGAUGGUGGUGUGAAGAAUGUAAUGUAUGA